AUGCGUUUUACCAAGGGUUUCUUAUUUGCGACAGUAGAAGCUGCUAAUGAAUUUGAGGAACAACGCACACGAUUUUUUACGGAAAAUGAAAUGCUAGAUGAAUAUAUGGAGGCUAGACUUGAUUUGGCCAAUUUGCCAUUCCUCGAAAGGGUAUUAGUUAUCAGAGAUAAAACUAAUGACCAGAGACAGCAACGUCGUCGAAAAGCUCAGAUUCUGAAUAAUAAUAAUAAUUUGACAAGAGCGCCAGAUGUUUUAAAUCCCACUCAUGGCCAAGAACAACAAGAGGAGCAACAUACACUACUUUCACCUCGCACCUCAUCAUUAAACGACCCUUGGUGGCUGUCACCAUGGGUAUUCUGGCCAGCAAGUAUUCUUCUUCUCAGUUGGCCAUUACGAAUGCUAGCUGAAUAUAAAACUGGUUAUGUACACCUCCAAGUCCCUUCUAGCAUUAAUUAUACUGGUCCAUUAACUCGCACAUCCACGAUGGAUAGUCAUGAGUUGAGCAUGGCAAACCGUCAGAACUAUGUCGUAGUUCCAAGCUAUAGUGAAGCGAUAUUGCUUGACCCAUAUAACAACGCUCAAUUGCCUAAUUCUGGAAGAUCCCAGGUGACUAAAACUGUACAAAUAUUCGAAUCUUCUUUUAGUUUAAUCCAAGUUCACUGCUUCGCCAGUUAUUUUCUUCGCCUCAUAGGUCAUCAACAGCUCGACAGCAAGUUAGACAAGGUCAAUAUGGGUCAACAGGACAACAUUUUAUGUUAA